UGUUUUCUAAACAAAUUACUUUGAUCAGUACAAUGCAAGUUAAAAAGCUAACCAUAGCGACACUCUGUGCGGUAUUAGUUACAGUCAGCGGUAACCGCAAAGUUCUGCUAGACUGCGGCAUUCAAAAGAUCGAGGGUAAAGAAUUGAUUACCAAUGGACAGGACACCGCUCCGGGGGACUGGCCGUGGCACGUAGCCAUCUAUCACCGUAAAGGUCGUUCAGUUGAUUACGCCUGCGGGGGGACCAUUAUCAGUGAACAGUUCAUCAUGACGGCGGCUCACUGCGUCAUGAAUGUGGCAAACGGUUUCCAGCUGGCCCCCAAUCGUAUAUUUGUUCGGUUGGGAAUUCACGAUCUGGAUUCGGUAAAUCCAGCAUUUGUGCAGCAGCAUGAAGUCGGGAAAAUUUCUAAGUUUGCAAACUUCACUCGACUAGCCGACGAUAUUGCAUUGCUGGAGCUUAGCACAAUCAUUCGCUUUAAUGACUAUGUCCAACCGGCUUGUGUGAAUUUGGAACCAAACAUUACCGGAGAGUAUGGGACAGUUGUUGGUUGGGGGUUAACGGAAAAUGACGAUAUAUCGCCAAUUUUGAAAAAAGCGGACAUUCCUGUGGUCGAACCAGUUGCAUGCUUGAGAACUGAUCGAGUGCUGUUCGGACAAACUCUGGACGAAGGUCUGUUCUGUGCUGGAUAUACAAACGGAACCGGUGUCUGUAAUGGCGACAGUGGAGGAGGAUUGUUUUUCCGAAGGGCCAAUACCUGGUUCUUGGGUGGUAUCGUGUCCUUUUCACAGAUGCGUUCAGACGGAACCAAUAAAUGUUAUACCAAGGGUUAUGGAGCGUUCACGAAGGUACACCAUUAUAUCUCGUGGAUCAGUGAAACGACGGGACUGCGAUUUCAGCGAAAUAACGACGUACAAAUUUGUAGAGCAGUUGAACCCAAUCAAACGAAUAUACCGUCGAAGUUACUUCCUCGGCAUUGUGGCGUUUAUAUUCCAAACCGUAUCGCUGGUGGAGUACAAGCCAAAGUGUUUGAAUUUCCUUGGAUGGCUCAAUUAGUGAUAAAUGGCGAAAUAGGGGCUUGCGCAGGAACGUUAAUCAGCAAGCGCUACAUUCUUACGGUCGCACAUUGCUUUGGGAAUCCUCUACCCAAUAAAGUACGUCUAGGUGAGCACACAAUCGAUCAGGAUAUUGAUUGCAAUGGACGGAAAGAGGAUUGUGCUCCACCAGUUCGAGAUUACAACAUUGAGUGUAUCACUACGCAUCCAGGUUAUACAAGGCGGACGUACACCGACGACAUCGCACUGAUACGUUUAAGCGAAGAUGUUCAAUGUGAAGAUCAUAUUCAACCGAUUUGCUUACCACACACGACGGACCUCAGAAGCUACCAAUCGUCUCGGUACAUCAUCGCCGGAUGGGGUCGGACGGAAAUGUUUGGGGAACCCUCGAAAAUCCUGUUGAAGGCAACUAUACCAUUAGCGAAUAAUGCCGAAUGUGAGAAAUGGAGUCGCACAAAUGUUACCGAUAAGCAGUUGUGCGCCGGAAUGGUAGGUGUUGACGCUUGUGCCGGAGAUAGUGGAGCUCCCUUGGGGUAUGGAGCCAAACUGUACGGAAUGCGAUUUGUACAGUUCGGACUGGUUUCGGUAGGACGGGGGUGCGGUAUAUCGCCAUCACUCUAUGUUAAUGUGUCUCAUUAUAUGGAUUGGAUCAUUGCCAAUAUGAAACCGUGAAAGUUCGAGAUUUUUUGUAUGAUAAAAGUUCACCAUAAAAGGGUUUAGUUAGGAAGAUUUUUGACUGAAGUUUUUGGAGCGUCUUAGUAGAAUUUCAGGUUAGGAAGAUUUUUCUCAUAUUUUGAGUUCAAUUAGUUGAAAGAAUCAUCGACAUUUAUUCCAUGCUCUUGCUGCCAAGCGCUACCACUUAUGUUCAUUAA